AUGCACACCUACAUUCGUUACAUGCAUAUUGCAUUUUCUUUGUUAUUAGCAUCUGUACCUCAGACCUCUGCCGCGCAAGAUGACCUUCGUCCCGCGCGCGCGGCCUCGCCACAACUCAAAACUAUACAUGCCGAGGAUUUAGGAAGCCUUAUCAAACGCCAGAAUAACGGGACCGAGAAUUCGCCUGUCUUCUUCAGAGACAACAAUGUCUGGUACCGGGAUUCGGAUGGGCGGGAGGUGCAAAUGUCGACAACAGGAACGGAAGAUAGUCCCUUCAACAACAUAACGUACCCUUCACCAAACAACGAAUUCGUCGUCGUAUUCCAAUCUACGCCCGCCCAGGACCACAUUGUGUACGAAGUCGAGUCGAGCCCUUACGACCAGCUGCAACCCCGCUUGCAUCAAUUCCAGUACCUUAAGCCUGGUGACAAUGUAACCAUUGAUCGGCCUCGAAUGUUCGAUUUGACGGACAAACGCGAGGUUGCCACGGAUAACACGUUAUUCGAGAAUCCAUACCAGCUUUACUCACUGGAUGGUGGAUGGAACGCAGAGGGCACCGAAUUUCGCUUCAUUUACAACCAACGUGGACAUCAGGUUGUGCGUAUAGUUGGCAUGAAUACCAACGGACAUGUGCGCGCAUUGGUCGAGGACAAAAGCGAUACCUUUGUUGAUUACUCACAAAAGCUCUACUACAAGGAGCUCAAGAGUUCGAAUUCAAGCGAGUUGAUCUGGGCCAGUGAGCGCGACGGUUGGAAUCAUCUCUAUCUGUACGACAUGGAAAGCGGGAAAGUGAAAAACCAGAUCACGAAAGGAGAAUGGGUUGUGCGUUCCGUGGACUACGUCGACGAGUUGAAACGACAAAUCUGGAUCAAGGUUCUUGGUGCUGUGUCCGGCCAGGAUCCCUACUACGCCCACCUAGCGCGAGUUAAUUUCGAUGGUUCAGAUUUCAAGAUCUUGACCGAAGGUGAUGGCGACCAUUCCUGGUAUUUCAACGAUGACAGAUCGACGUUUACAGAUACAUGGUCUCGUAUGGAUAUGGCCGAGAAGACCGUUACGCGUGACGCCGAGACUGGAAACAAGACCGCUGAUGUUUACGAAGGGAAUCUUGACUCCCUUCUCUGGCCCAUACCCGAGCGCUUCGCAGCCCCGGGCAGAGACAACUCUACCCUGAUCUACGGCCUUGUUUUCCGCCCUUACCAGAUGGACAACAGCACAAAGUACCCCGUUAUCGAGAAGAUCUACGCUGGACCACAUGACUUCUUUGUACCAAAAGCGUACAUGAGUCACGACGAGGCCCAUCGGAUUGCAAACCAGGGUUUUGUUGUCGUCCUCAUCGACGGCAUGGGCACCAACUGGCGCUCCAAGGCUUUCCAUGACGUAUGCCACAAGAAUCUCAAAGACGCAGGAUUCCCCGAUCGUAUUGCAUGGAUGAAGGCGGCCGCUUCAACCCGCCCUUGGAUGGAUACCAGCCGCGUUGGAGUAUACGGAGGUUCCGCUGGCGGUCAGAAUGCCAUGAGUGCUCUUCUCUUUCAUAACGAUUUUUAUAGCGUCGCUGCAGCAGAUUGUGGAUGUCAUGACAACCGCAUGGACAAGUUGUGGUGGAACGAGGCAUGGAUGGGGUACCCCGUCGACCAGAGCUACGAAGAUAGCUCCAAUGUUGUGAAUGCAGGAAAGCUAGAAGGUAGCCUGCUACUUACUGUUGGCGAGCUUGACACGAAUGUCGAUCCGGCAAGCACGAUGCAGGUUGUCAACGCGCUCACUCAAGCAGACAAAGACUUUGACUUGGUGGUUAUCCCGGGAGGCGAGCAUGGAGUCGCAACCACGAAUUCAUAUGCGUUGCGAAGGACCAGGGAUUUCUUGUACCGAAAGUUGAAGGGCACAGAGCCGCCGAAGUCAUGGUUCUAG